AUGCUCAACACUCUUUUAUGCCUCAUUCUCUCUGCCCUGCCUGCCUUGGCCUCGUCCUCGUCCUCGUCCUCGGUCUAUACCCAGUAUCCUCUCCAAGACCAGUUGCCUCUCAUUGCCCGCGUCAAUCAAACCUACUCCUGGUCCUUCUCUUAUGAUACAUUCGUUUCCACCCACAACCACACUCUUCAAUACACGACCUCUGCAUUGCCCGAGUGGCUGUCGUUCAACAACGCAACGUUGACUUUCUCAGGCACGCCUACCUCCUCGGACGAAGGCACUCCAGGAGUCCUGGUUACAGCAACAGAUCCAGAGACCUCUGACUCUGCGGACUCGUACGUGACUUUGUGUGUAACGCCCUAUGCGCCGCCUCAGUUGCACGUCCCCGUCACGGAUCAAUUCUAUGCUGCUAAUCCGUCUCUGUCCUCUGUGUUUCUCUUGUCCCAGAACUCGGCAUUGAACAACUCUAGGCCCGCGCUCAGGAUCCCACCUAAAUGGUCGUUCAGUAUUGGGUUCCUCUACGACACGUUUACCUCUAACGGCGACCUAUACUAUGCUGCUACCCGGGAAGACGGCGCUCCUCUACCGUCCUGGAUCGAGUUCAACACAAAGGCGAUUACUUUUGAUGGUGUCACGCCCAUGCAGGGCUCGUCGGAACCUAUGACUGUAUCUGUUGCGCUUCAUGCGUCUGACCAGGAGGGCUACUCUGCUGCCUCAGUGCCGUUUGACAUCGUCGUGGCUGCUCAUGAAUUAUCUCUGCCGAUGUCCUCUUUACCAACCAUCAAUAUCACCGCCUCAACGCCGUUCAAUUUCAGUCUCACCUCGCCAGAUGACUUCUUUGGUGUACUCCUAGAUGGACAGCCUAUCCAGCCCUCACAAAUCUUGUCUCUUGAUAUCGACACAUCCAGUUACAAGAACUGGCUUAAAUAUGACUCGAGCACGAGGACCCUGAGCGGCAUCGCUCCUGACGAUGCCGAUGGCGAAGCUGACAGCCCUGUGCUCCCUGUGACACUGACGGCUUCGGUAAACCAGACGAUCGAGACGAACGUCUCUCUGGCAAUUGUGCCUUCGUACUUCUCGACGCCAACUCUGCAACCCGUUCUAGCUCUGCCUGGCACUGACUUGCACUUCGACCUGGUUCAGUACUUCUCAAACAGUACAGGUCUCGGCUCUCAGCAGGAUGACGUGAACUUGACCGCAGCCUUCGACCCGACGAGCGCGAGCAGCUACCUCAACUUUGAUCCAGGUUCUGCGCAACUCUCAGGCACCCCUCCUUCGAACAUCCCCUCAAGCUAUACGCACAUUACCAUCACCUUCACCGCUUACUCGCACGUCACGCACUCGACUUCGCACGCUAGUCUGCCUAUUUCCCUCUCUAACGCAGACUAUUCAAAGCAGAAGACGGGCGGGCUCUCUGCCGCAGCAAAGGCAAAGCUGCUACUCGGCUUAAAGAUUGCGUUCGGCAUAAUAAGCGGUGUCAUUGGUCUCAUCUUUGGUCUUGCGCUCCUCCGUCGCUGCGCACGGGUUCCAGAUACAGCAAUGUCUGGCGAGGAAGGUACGCGCGCGUGGACUGCGGACGAAAUGAAGUGGUACGGCAUCGGCAUCGAGGUCGACGGCAAAGUCACCGAAGGGCCUCCGCGCGCGUCUGAAGAGAUCCUUUCUGGCGACGACUCAAGAUCGGAGAAGGAGCACCAUGUUGGCGCGAGUAGAAUGCCUGACGCAAGUGCGGCAGGCCUCGGUAGCCCUCAAAGCCCGCAAAGUCCUGGCGUCAUGCGCAAGGGCGAAUUCAUUGGGAGAAUCCGUGCAACGGCACGCAUUGUGAGCGACAAGGCGCGCAACGUCAGCGACGCGUACCACCGCAGUGUCGGUCGGCGCCGGAAACCUGUCAUUGGAAAGCCGACGCUCAUCAUGACGAGCGACCACCGUGUGAGCGCGAUGACGGGCGUGCCGCUCGACGGGCUCCCGUUCACUAAUGAUGCGCUCGGCCUGCCCCUUCCCAGCCGUGCUCGUGCGCCGUUGCCGUUUGAGGAUGGCAAUGCCAGCCAGUACGCUCCGAGCGGGAUCUCGAGCAUUGUAGGCUCCCCGUCGUCGUCUACAGGAGGGCGCUCGAUUCCACGACGGCGUGCGGACUUCGCGCCGCCGCGGAGUUUCCUGAAAACACCCCCACAGGCACAUGCGGCGGACAAGAAAGCAGCCCGCGGUUCGGUCGACUCGGCGGUCGUACAGAUGGCCACACGCGCGACGAGCAUGCGCAGCGGGAUCUCACUCGGCUCGGAGCGCGAUAGCCGCGGCCACGGCACAAACGCGAAGGGUCUGGAGGCGGGCCGCCCGCGACUCGUCCCGUUCACCAGCGCGAGUCGUGUGCCUGUGCCCAAGGUGCCUGUGAGUGACCCGGACGCACCGGUUGCAGGAACCGCACAGGGCGCGAAGACGAAGCGAGUCGCAAGCCAGGUGGCCAGAGUGUUCCGGGGUGUCACAGGGGUGGGACGCGCGCCUGCUGUGGCGGAGGGCGGCGAGAGGAGCGCAGACGACCUUGCGACUAGUGCGCAAUACGUCCAUGUUCUAGGGGACGACGCGCAGAGCGCGGCUAGCAUCGGUAUCGGGCGCAUCCCGAUCGUGCCGCGCAUGCUCGCGCGGACGGGCGAGCAGUUCAAGUUCCGCGUGCCGGUGUCCUACAGUGCGGGGAGCCCGCUCGCCGGCGGGCGCGGCAAGACGCUGGAGGCGCGGCUGCUGUCGGGCGCGCCGCUGCCCGCGUUCGUGAAGUCGGAUCUGACAGCGGUCUCGGGCGGCGCGGGCGCGCGCGUGGAGAAGCGCGUUGUGGAGUUCUGGGGCACGCCGGGGGCGCGGGACACGGGCGAGCUGAACGUGGGGAUAUAUGAGCGCCAGGGCGACCGGUGCGUCGGGAGGGUGAUCAUCCAGAUUGUGGAGAGGAGCUGA